AUGCAAGAGCCAUGCGCCGCCGUGCGUCUCUCCCCCCUCGAUAGCUCGCAGGACGCGGCGCUCGGACUGCUGGAGACGGAGCUGCUUGCGAUCGAGCGCGCCGUGCUGGAAGGCGACACCGCGAGCGUCGCCCGGACCCGCGAAGCGCGUCACCGCGACGCGGACGAGUCGACAGCAGUGCUGCUGGACAUGGCCGACGGGAUCUGCAGCGGCAAUUACGUGGACGUGAUUCGACUCGCGCGGGCGCAGCAGCUGCUCCAGAGCGUCGCGCACUUGCGCAUGGCGAGACGGGACCAGGGCGACCAGGACGCGCACGUCUGCGCGGGCGUCGCCGACACGCUGCAGAGCUAUUUGCUGGACGAGUGUAGCAGUGCCGAGAGCCGUCUCGUGGCCGCAUACCAAGUGCUGUACGUCGGCGUGGCGUUCCUCAACAUGUACGUGCAAGCGAACUACACGGGACCAGCAGUUGAGACCGCGAAGCUCGAUGACGUGCUCGGCCUGGCCACGCGUCUCGUGACGUGCUCGACCGACAGCAGCGACAAGAAGUCGCACAGCGAUGCACUUGUAGCACUGCAAGUGGACGGCGAGAGUCCGUUUUCGAUCUGUGCGUACCCGCAGUUCUUGCUCGUUGGUCGCUGUUUGCUGGACUUUGUAGGGAAUUACGCAUACAAUGACUGGUCAGUGGCUGCGCUUGAGAUCGUGCGGGGACAGAAUGACAAUGAAGUACCAGACAGCGUGGUGGAAGGUCCUGUGAAGCGACAGGUCAGUGGUGGAGCAGCUGUCCGUGUGCUUGGGGAGCUCCUGGGACGGAUCAAGUCGGCAGCGUGGUGGAAUGCACGUGCUGCUGUCGCGCACGAACGGCUGCUGCUCUCGAAGCAGCCUUCGAACACGCUGUGGUUCGAAGCGCGUCGUGGCUACAUUCAGACGUUGGCGACAAGCGAGCUGUUUGCUGUUGAGAAGGACACGCAAUACUUGCUCGCUCGUGCGUACGUCGAGUGGGGCUUGGCGCAACACCACUUUGACAAGAAUAAGCAUGGCAAGGCGACGUUUGCACGCGCGAAGGAGGUCUCUGGUGUGAGCGUACAGCUGAGUGGGUCUAUGGGAAAGCGCACCAAGUAUCAGCAGAAAAGUGUGGCUCAGAUGGUAUUGCUUGCGGCAUCGAAGAAAGAGCCCACGGACGUGGACGCACAAACUUCCGUCCACACGGCAGCAGUGGCCGGGUCGACCCACGUGGACUUUGGUGGCAAAAAACAGGUGGAGAUCGAUUGCGACGACCAGGACAGUGCAACAACCUCUGCUUCUCCUUCCUCCGAUGGUCUUACUGCUGACGAGGAGCACAUUCAGAGACUCGUGCAAGAUGGCGAGGCCUCCUACCGCAACGUAAACUUGGACCAAGUGGACCAGGAUAACUACCUUCUGGAAAGCAUCAAUUUCGAAGACCGGAAGCUCACGAAGCAGGGCAAUUUGCAGGUUGUAGACCAGAUUGUGCUGCUGGGAUUGUGCCUGGACGUGAAGAACAGCAACGCGAAUGACGGCCUCACCCGGGAAGAAAUGAUGCCGUACAUAACACGUGUACUCGAGAACCCCAACAACUGGAUGGUGUACUCUACGGCAUUGCUGGAGCGUGCGUGGCUCGAGUGCGAGAGCUCGAAACGACGUGAACGCGCUGUGUUGCAGAUGCAAGCUUUGGUAGACCAGCACACCACCCGACUCACGAUCACGCAAAACACACUGCAGUCUAUCGCAGAUUCGGCGCCGGCUCGUGAGCGUAUGCAGUUUGUGUAUUCGCUGGCUUUCCCUCCGCGGUAUGCUCUCAAGCGCGACCUGGCCGAGCGAUACUUCAAGCUUGGCGUUCUAGGCAGCGCUGUAGAAAUCUGCGAAGAGCUGGAGAUGUGGGAUGACGUCGUCAAGUGCUACCAGAUCUUGGACAAGCCAAUGCGCGCUGAGAAGCUAGUGCGCGAACGCUUGCUGGUCGCUCCCACGCCGUUCAUGUGGGUCACGCUCGGCGACCUCACGCAGGAUCCUUCCCACUACGAGACGUCUUGGACAUUGUCGAAGCAGCGGUUUGCUCGCGCCAAGCGUUCGCUCGGACGCUAUUACUUUGGGAAGGGCGACCAUGAAGCAGCCAUCUCCCAUUACGAGGACGCGGUGCAUGUCGGUCCCAUGCACACGGGUGCUUGGUUCACUCUCGGUGCGACCGCAAUGCGUGUGCAUCGCUGGGCACUCGCUAUGCGCGCCUUUACACGCGUGGUACAGCUGGAGCCGGACAAUGGUGAAGCAUGGGGCAACUUGGGCUCCAUUCACAUGCACAACCAUCGUUACGGGGAAGCUUUCGCCGUGCUGGAAGAAGCACUGAAGCAAAAGCGUCACAUGUGGCAGAUGUGGGAGAACUUUGCGCUCUGUGCUAUGAAGACAAAGCGCUACGGUGAAGCGAUGUACGCCAUGCACCAGCUCUUGGACAUGCGCAGUAAGCACAAGCGUGCAGUGGACAGCGAGAUGCUGGCGUGGUUGGUGGAAGCUAUCGUGUAUCCAGACUCUCUUAAGCAGAUGGAGCAGGAGGUAGAAAGCGAAGUGGGUGCAGUGGAACGAGCUGCUACGAAAGACAAUGACGAUGACGACGACUUGACGGAACUUGAUGAGGUGGCAGUAGCCACGGACAAGACUCCCCCGCGAUCUGAUUCCCACUACAAGAAGCAGUUGGCGAUGCUGUUUGGACGCGUGACGUCCAUUGUGACGAACGAUGCUAAGGUGUGGCAAGUGUAUGCACACUUUAACGACGGCGUCGAGAACCGGGCGGACAAGGCCCGCGACUGCCGGUUGAAGCAAUGCCGCGCUUUGCAACUCGCUGGUUGGGAGCGGGAUGAGCAGAGGGUGAACGAGCUCUGUGCAGCAGCUUGUCGACUGGCGCAGGAUUAUCUGACCGAGGGGACCAAAAAGGCGCUUUGCUCGUGCCGUCUGUACAUCCGCAGCGUACUCAAGAAGGCGCAAGUGGACUAUUCGGAUUUGGACGCAGUGAAGACACUUGCUGCGGUCUUUGACGAGGUCACUACUCGAGAAGCGCAGCUCUGA